GUCCGGCCUUUCCUUUCCUCCGCGUCCGGCGGGCUCCAGCGGCGGCCAAGCCUGCGCGGCCGGCUAGCGGGGACGCGUCGCGGCGGUGGAGCCGUGGGUUUCUGGAUGAGCUGGAGACGGGGCUUGGCUGGCCAGGGACGGAGUCGGGCCCAGCAGAGAGCCCGCCUCGGGAAGGCCACCGGGAGGCGGGCUGGGAAGGAUGAGGAGCGGCUGUGGAGCCUAACGCCGCAGCAGGAGCGACUGGAGUUGGACGCCGGGAAGGAGUUCCAGACGGCGGGAGGUCUCAAGGGCAGGAACGGUGACUUUGGCUCAGAGAUCCCAGGAUAGCAGCCUGCUUAGCUCGGCCCUCUUGGGUUUUCUCCAGGAGGAUCUGGCCACCGAAGGGUCGUCUUCUGCUGCUGACCCCCAUCAAAUCCCAUCAUGCCCACAGCCCUGUGUCCCCGAGUCUUGGCUCCGAAGGAAAGUGAGGAGCCCAGGAAAAUGAGGAGCCCACCGGGAGAGAGCCCUGGACCCCAGGGCGAGCCUCCCAGCCCCGAAUCCUCCCGACGCCUCUUCCGCCGGUUCCGCUACCAGGAGGCGGCGGGCCCCCGUGAGGCCCUGCAGCGCCUCUGGGACCUGUGCCGGGGUUGGCUGUGCCCCGAGCGGCACAGCAAGGAGCAGAUCCUGGAGUUGCUGGUGCUGGAGCAAUUCCUGGCCAUCCUGCCUCGCGAGAUCCAGGGCUGGGUGCGUGCCCAGGAGCCGGAGAGCGGAGAGCAGGCUGUGGCUGCUGUGGAGGCACUAGAAAGGGAGCCAGGGAGACCCUGGCAGUGGCUCAAGCACUGUGAGGACCCCGUGGUGAUUGACGAUGGGGAUGGCCCUCUGGACCAGGAGCAGGAGCGGCUGCCAGCAGAGGCCCAGAGCCACCUUGCAAAGAGCCAGGAAGCCCAGCCAGUGGCCCUGCCCCAGGGCCCUGGGCUCCCAAGCAGACUGCCAGGCCAGCUCAGCGGGGACCCAGUUCCUCAGGACCCCUCCCUCCUUCAGGAAGGGAGCAUGAGGGAUGGACAGCAGAUGACCUCUCUCCAGCUGCCCCUGAAACGGGUUUCUCCUUUCGAGGACAUGAUCUUCUGUUUCUCGGAAGAGGACUGGUCCCUUCUAGACCCUGCCCAGACUGGCUUCUACGGGGAGUUCAUCAUUGGAGAGGACUGUGGGGUUUCGCUGCCUUCAAAUGACCCAACAGCCCAGCAGGACCUCUCUCAGGGUGAGGAGAACGAGCCGUGUGUUCCCGAGCUGCAGGACCUCCAGAGCAAGGGUGCUACCCAGGUCUCCUACUUGGACGUUCCAAGUGUCCAGCCAUUCCAGGCCGAAGAAAGAGGAAAACAGGAUGAGCUACAGGGACCAGAGUUCCAGGCCUGCGAGCAGACAAUACUUGCUCAGAGCACCUGCCCAGCCGGAGGGGACCCACCGCCCCCUAAGAACAGCCUGGAUGAGGAGGUGACCAUCGAGAUCGUCCUGUCCAGCUCUGGGGAUGAAGACUCCCAGCUGGGCCCCUACUGCACGGAUGAGACACGGAGCCCCUUGGGGAAGCAGAACGGCACCCCCAUGCCCCAGCAGAAUGGCCUCUCGGUGGGGGGCGAGGUGCACACCUCCGGGAAGUCCUAUGUGUGCCCCAACUGCGGCAAGGUCUUCCGCUGGAGGGUCAAUUUCAUCCGACACCUGCGCAGCCGCAGGGAGCAGGAGAAGCUGCACGAGUGCUCGGUGUGUGGGGAGCUGUUCAGUGACAGCGAGGACCUGGACGGGCACCUGGAAGCCCACGAGGCCCAGAAACCUUUCCGGUGCGGCGCCUGCGGGAAGACCUUCCGCCUCAACUCGCACCUGCUCUGCCACACGCGGGUCCACCUGCCGCCGACGGGACCCGGGCCGGUGAUGGGGAGCGAGCAGGGGGCGGCAGAGUCCACGGGUGCGGGGCCCGAUGCCUCGCUGGCUGAGGGCCGGGCCCGGCCGAGCACCCAGUGCUGUGACUGCGGGAAGCUGUUCCAGCGGCCUGACCACCUGGCGAGGCACCGCAGCGUGCACGCCAAGGACCGGGCCCGGCCCUUUCGGUGCCGGUACUGCGUCAAAAGCUUCCUGCACAACUCCGACCUCCUGCGCCACCAGCGCCUGCAUAUGAAGCGCCGCUCCAAGCAGGCUCUCAACUCCUACUGACUGACGCCAGGCCCUCCCCGGGCCGGACCUGCUCCUGGACAGACCUCACCUUCCCACCCUUUGCUCUCAGGUAGAAAUGAGCUAGUGAUCAACGGAGCAUUUCUUUCGUCUCUGCUGUGCCAAAAAGCAGGGAGGGAGGUGCACAACCAGCUUGGACUCGCCCGGUGUUUCUGGGUCAGAAGAGAGCCCCGUCCGUGCUUCCCAGGCGGUCUGAGGGUCUGGACUGCCCCAGCUGCAGUGACCAUUUGGGGUCUGUCCCUUGCCACCAACUCACUACACUGCCAUGCUGCCUUGUCUGGACCCCGGCCCCUAUCUUGAGGUUCCAGGGUAACUGUACUUCCCAUCUGAGAGCAAGAAGCUGUGGGCGCGGUAAUGGCUAGAGAAAGGCAGGGAGUGCGUGUGGGCAGCGAGGCCAGGCACACCAAUCCUGCCGUGUCACCAGCUGACCCAAAGGACACCCGCGGUUAGCAGGCAGCCCUGUCAGGGUCAGAAGCCUCCGGGCCGCUGUACAGCUGCCUGCGAAGGGGGAACCGUGUCAUACUUUUAUUUGGGAUGGCAGCUGCUGAUGAGGAUUUCGAGUUCACUGAGGGCAAUACCCACAUUUUAAAUUGUUGCACACCCUGCUCAAAUGUCAUUUCUUGGUACCUGAAGGACCCGGUAAAUGGUUGUGGGGUAGAAGCAGUCGUCAUCAUUCGAAAGGCACUUAAGUUCCCCUGCCCGUCCCAUUGUGUCCGGGAAUGGGGAGCUCAGCCACCCCAGCGGGGGUUCUGUUGUCUGGAUGAGGGGCAGUGGAAACAACCGCCUGUGAGGUUGGGCUCUCCAUACAAAGUAACUUCGUCUGCUGUUCAUACUCAUUUGCUAGGGCUGCCUUAACAGAAUACCCAAAACAGGGUGACUUAGAGCAACAGAAACAUACUGCCUCCGUUUGGGAGGCUGGAAGUCCAAUGUCAAGGGCUCAGUGUGUUGGUUUGCUGUAAGGGAAGGUCUGUUCCACACCUCCCCCCCAGCUUCUGGUGGUGCUGGCGGUCGAUGAUGUUCCUUGUAGAAAUAUUACCCCAUCUCUGCCUUCAUCUUAAGUGGUGUCCCUGUGUACGUGUCUGUCUCCAAAUUUCCCCUUUUUAUAAGGACACCAUAUUGGAUCAGGGCCCCCAUGCCUAUUCUGGUAUAUUCCUGUCUUAAUUAGUAACAUCCACAAUGACCAUAUUUCUAAGAAAGGCCACAUUCUGAUGUAUUGGGGUUAGGACGUAAAUAGGAAUUUGGGGUGGUGGGGAGACAAUCCAGUCCACAACAGCAGAUAGUCUUGCAAUUAUCUGGUCAUCGCUGAUUGACAGAUGAGCCAACAGAAGCUGCGGUUGGCUUGCUGUCCAUUCCACUGGAAGCAGCAUAGCUUUGAAAGUGUGUGGCCUGGAGUUCUGGAUUGGGAGUGACCGUUGGCUGUGAAAUCUCAAGCAACGAAAACCGUGGUCUUAUUGUUCCCGGAAGACUGGUAAUAUCCGCCAGGCUCAAUGUCGAGAAAGCACAGGGACUAUGGAGUAGUGGUAGCUGAUUCAAAGCCACCAGGUGGACGUUUUGUGUUAUUUGUAUGUCCAUCAGCAGGCAGCCAGGCCCCUUGUCACCUCUGUUGUCACAUGAGAUGCCCUCAAACCCAGUGGAAGAGCCACAGGUUUUAUAAUUCUGAUUACUGUGCCUGUAUAGACACCCCUGCAUCCUGAGGAGCAGUAAAUGCAAUAAAACAGUUAGGUCAUACCCUGAACAAAAAAAUAAAUAU